CUCCGCCUCCGCCUCCACCUUGUAUUGCGAAGAGUUUAUUGAUAUUCUUAGAGAUGAAGAUAUCGGGGCGCGUGGUGUCCACAAAGCCUAUCUCGCUGUCUCGAGCGGCAAAGCUCAUCUCCCGCUUCGCCGCCGUGGAGAACGGCUCCUCCCCUGCUGUUUCCCUCUACUUGCAGCGAACCUCCAAUGCGUUCAACCUCCUUGUCCAGUCCCAGGACAAGCGCUCCAAGACGAAGAGUGCCAUGAGUUUGGACUCCAAGGAGAAUAUCAACGACGUGAAAUCUGAUGGAGACGCCCCGCCCAAGAAGAAGAAGAAGAGGAAGAGCGGUGAGGCGGAGAAGAAGAGCGGCAGUAAAAAGAGCAGAGACGAAGCGCUUGAUUCUUGAGCUGAUUGUAAAAGACUAGCUAUGUAACAAAGAUUUAUUGGGCUGUUGAACGUGCUCAUUCUUCGUCUCAAAAAGAGGUUUUCUUGCUC